CUGGAAAGGAAAAAGGGGGUGGGGGUGGAACUGAGAAGAUCGGAUCGGAAGCGAUCUCAACUCUCAACAACGCAGGCUCUUUCUGGAGCAUUUUAUUUUAUGCAAUGUCACCUUGAUCUCGAAUUACUUAAGGCGGCGCGAUAAGAUCUCCCCCAUCAAGAAAAGUGUGCGGUGCGAUUCUGAACAAACAGAGCACGGCAUGAACUUGUAUUAUUUAUGGUUAAGCCAUUCACGCUCAAUCUACCAACCACACUUCAUCUGAGGAAACAUGAGUUCUGUGGAGCAAACAAAUCGAACAGGUCAAGAAGAGGCUGAGGAUGACGCGGAGGCGUCCGUCGGCCGUCUGAUUCGAAGCCAGGAAAGCUUUGACAAACUCAACCAGUAUGAAAUUCCUCAGGAAUCACCAAUUAUCCAAAGAGCAAUCGAACAUAUUUCGCCAAGUAAAUGCACAGGAUGUUUUUUCUCGGUAUUCCCAUUUUUCGAUUGGAUCCAGGACUACAAGUUAAAGAAGUUCUUGAUUGAUGAUGCUGUGUCUGGUAUCACAGUUGGAGUUAUGCACAUUCCCCAAGGUCUCGCUUAUUCGAUGCUGGCUGGAGUUCCUCCGAUCACAGGCCUCUACAUGGCUUUCUUUCCUGUUCUAAUUUACAUCUUCAUGGGCACAUCUAGACACGUUUCCAUGGGCACCUUUUCUGUCGUCUGCUUAAUGACAAAAGCAAUCGUGGCCGCCCAUGCAAAACCAGACACAGUGGACAAUAAUUUUGACAAGCCACCAGACCUUUCUUUUUCUGAUGCUUUUGUGAAGCCAGAUAAUGCAGAACUGACCAGCGUCCAAGUGGCUAUGGUGGUUUGUUUUGCUGUCGGUCUUUGGCAGGUGCUGAUGGGCCUGUUUCGCUUAGGAAAUAUCAGUGUUCUUUUGUCAGACACUCUGGUCAGUGGAUUUUCCACAGCUGCGGCUGUUCAUGUUUUGGCCUCGCAGCUAGGAAGCCUCUUAGGUGUCAAAGUUGGGAAAUAUAACUCUAACUUCAAAGUCAUCCUGGUACUUAGAGACGUAGUCAUGAAUAUUCCUUCGUUGAACUAUGUCAGUCUAUCAUUGUCGUUGUCUGUGAUGGCUGUGCUGAUAAUAUACACCGAAAUAAUCAAGCAUAGACUAGAGAAGCGCUGUCAUUUUCCAGUUCCUGUUGAAAUGCUGUGCAUUAUCAUUGGCACCCUGCUCUCUGCUGGUUUGGAGUUGAAUUCAAAAUACAAUGUAAAAUGCGUGGGGAACAUUCCAAGAGGAAUACCGUCACCAUCGUUGCCAGCUUUCUGGUUGUUGCCGGAUAUUAUUUUCCACUCUUUGCCCAUCGCUGUGAUUGGAUUUACAAUAACACUGUCGAUGGCAUCUAUUCUGGCCAAGAAGGGACAUUACAAAGUCAAAGCAAAUCAAGAAUUUAUUGCUUGUGGUUGCGGAAAUCUCUUUGCUUCGUUCUUCUCAUGUGUUCCGUUUGCUGCCUCUUUGUCGAGAAGCUUGAUUCAGCAAAACGUAGGAGGAAAAACACAAAUCGCGAGCGUAUUUUCAUGCAUCUUCAUUCUGCUAAUUUUGUUGGCUAUUGGACCAUUUUUCGAACAAUUACCUAAUUGUGUUUUGGCUGCCAUUGUGAUUGUGUCUUUAAAAGGCAUGUUCUGGCAAGUAAAGGAUUUUCCUGGAAUUCUUCGGAGGUCAAAAUUGGAUGCAUUCGUCUGGCUUGGAACGCUCCUUGUGUCUAUUUUCUGGGACAUCGACUACGGACUGGGAGCUGGUCUCUUUUUAUCUGUGCUUUGCGUACUUCUGUAUGGACAACAGUUAAAAAUCAGCAUUCUAGGAAAAGUCCCAAACAAUGAAAUAUACCUGGACACAAAGCAUUAUUUGGUGGCACAAGAGCUACCAGGAAUAAAAAUAAUCCAUAUAUCAGGCAGUUUGCAUUUUGCAAAUAAGAAUCAACUGGAAAAGAGUUGCGCAAAAAAACUUGAUUUACAUUCUCAUCAUCCGCCAACUGUGACAAUAAGUAAAGAUGGGGAAAACAACCCUUUAAAUUCACAAAAUGAGAGUAAAAUACAAAGCGUUAUUUUGGACAUGUCAAGUGUUAGUUUUGUUGAUCCGUCUGCUGCCGAUUCAAUGUCAAAUCUUAGAGAAGAUAUUUUGCACAAACUGGAAGGACAUCUCUAUUUAGCCAACUGCUCUCCAAAUGUCCUGGAAGCUCUGAAGAAAUUCAAUUUUUUCUCAGGCGAUUUUCCUAUAUACCACUAUGUGUUCCCUAGCAUACAUGAUGCUGUCCUGCAUGCUCAGCAGUCAUCUCUCUCAACAGGAUUAUGAAGUGCAUUUCAUCGAAUAUCGAUAAUUAAGGGUUCAGGAUUAAUAGCUGCUGUUUCAUAGCUGUGAUUACUUCAUAAAUUUAUAUGUAUUGAUCAAAAUAAUUUAUUUUUGAAACAGAAUGUUCUCUGCUGGAAUGUGUUUGUUGCGUUAAAAAAGAAGAAAAUGCUAUUUUUGUUGAGGCAAUAUAUUGUUGAGUAAGCAAAAUGAUAAAUCAA